CGAUAAGAAUGUGGUGAUUGACAGAGUUGAAAGCCUUGGCCAGGUCGAUUAAUACAGCUGCAUGGUAUUGUCUCUUUUCAAUGGCGGUUAUGAUAUCGUUUAGGACCUUAAGCAUGGCUUAGGUGCACCCAUGACCCGCUCUGAAACCAGAUUGCAUAGUGGAUGUUACGUUCCCCAGUUUCUGUGUUGUGGUUUGUGUAUUUUCAUGUAUGUAUUCCAGGAAAUGGAUUCCUGAAAUUCUCUACAAGCAGCUGAUUGGUCAGCCCCAUUGAUGAUUGGAGAGCUGACCCCGCCCCCUCAUCAGGACACAGCUGUCUCCAAUUACCAACUCCUUCUGAAGCUUUAUAAGCCAGUGUUCUGUUGCUCAGAAGAAGGAGAGAUGAUUGCUGAGAGAGGAGGCUGAGGGUUAUUACUUUGUUUGUUACUAACAGACAUGAGUGUCCUGUGUUGAUUGUUGCUGGAGAGCUGAUUGGGGGUGCUGUCGGUGGCCUACUGGGAUGCUGGAUGACCAGUGGACAGUUCAAGCCCCUGCCUCAGAUCAUCAUGGAACUGACCCCGGUGCAGCAGCAGAAGCUCUACGUUGACAUCAUGGCCAUCAUAGGUGAAGUCCAGUGGACCGACGUGGCCCAGCUGACUGCCCUGGUCAUGGGCAACGCCACCCUACAGCAGCAGGUGACCGCUGCCCUCCUGGGCUAUGUGACCAAAGAGCUCCAGGCAGAGGUGCACUAUAUAGACUGACAAGGCCUCUAUCAGAGAGCACAUCUCUUUAGGGUUUUCAAAGGAAAAUUGAAACAAUGCUGGUCUGACAUUUUGCACAACCUCAAAGGACAAUUUAAAAAUGAAGGACAAGAGAUUAUUUAUUAAAAGUGGGGCAGUACACUCAAGGAUGAAAACCUCCAUGGUCUGUGAGAAGGGAAGGAGCCACUGAUUGAAAGUGCAUGAAAUGAGUUGUGGCUAAUUAUUUCAAGGGUUUGUGUGACUAUGUAUUGACUACCUGAGUUAAGAAUUGUGUGAAAAGAAAUACAACCUUUUAAUCCGUUCAA